AUGAUAGAAGUAGAGGUCAACGAUCGUCUUGGAAAGAAGAUUAGUGUUAAAUGCAUGAGUGAAGACCUCGUAGGUGAUUUUAAAAAAGUUCUUUCGCUCCAAUUGGGUCUUUCUUGGACGAAAAUCCAACUCCAGAAAGGUGGUUCUGUUUUGAAAGAUCACAUCAGUUUGGAGGAUUACGAGGUUCACGAUGGGACGUAUUUGGAAUUGUACUACCUGUGA